AUGGAACUUGCCAACUUUGAAGGAACCUUGUGUCGUGAAGAAGAAGAAGAAGAAGAUCAAGCUGAACACAUAGAAUCUAGCAACGCUAACUUCUCAUCCAUUGUGGGCAAGUUUGGGAAGAUUGUCGUGCCUCUAGAUCACAUCACUAAUCGUGCUGAUCUCUCUGUGGCAAAGAUAGCCAUAACCACAGAAAAACUAACCAAAUUCAACGAAGAAAUACUAGUGGAAGCGGAUGGACAGUAUUAUCAAGUGGGUAUCAUAGAAUACGAAGAUGAACCAUGGUUUCCAUUUAAAUUCGAUGAAGAAGAACAACCAUACGCAGACUCGGACAGGGAAGGAAAAGAUGAAUUGAUGAUUAGUGAAUCUGAAAACUCAAAUUUCAAUGAUGAUGAAGAAGGUGUAUCGGGAACAUGGAUUAACGAUAUAGAAGAAGUCGGAGAGGUGAAGCUAACUGAGACGCCGACAAAUUCAUGCGAAUCAGACACGUUGGGACCAGAGGUCGAGAAUAUGGGAGUCGAAACGUCAAUCAAAUUCCAAGCAAAAUCAAACAUUAAUGGUCACAUUAUCCGGUUUGCCGCCCUCCCCAACCAGAUGGACCCACACAAUUUAGGCUCGUCUCGGACUGCUACCUUCCCGACUGUGUUAGCCCAAUCUAGGUGUUUUGGCCCAUUCCCUUCGUUUGUAUCCACUCCACAAGCAACGAGUCAACUAAACUCAGAAAAUGGUCAAAAUAGAGAUCAAAUUCGGUUUUCUCUAAAAAGGCGUCGCCUACAUAGAUCACCUUCUGGUGAAAUCUUACCGUCAUUCCCAACUUUUCCCCUAAUCUUUGACAACGAAGAUAAUCAGGCUCCAAACAUAGCUUCCUUCCCCAUCGAUGCACAACCCAAUGACCCCGCUAACCUAGAUGUUGAAACACCCGAAAUUGAAGCAACAACAGUUGUGGCCUCCCUAAUUGGGUUCGAGAUCGAGCCCAAUAACAACAUCCUAGCUGAAGUACUUGGCGUAUCAGGUGUAAACAAUGCUCCCUAA